AUGACGGAGGCAGCUAAGAUUUCACGAGUAACCGAAGAUAGAAAGUUGUCCGCGAUACUGGGGGGCAUUGAAGUCAUUGGUGAGCUUUGGAAGGACAUAAGGAAGAACGGUCCGGUAGACUUGAUGAGUGAUUUUCUUGACCGUGCUGAAGGCUUUAUCACACUUGAAGAGCUCCCCCAUUACCCGAGCAAUUCAAGUUCAAAUGGUAAACGUUCCAGCAACAAUAAUAGGCAAGGGAAUGGGAAAAAGGGAAAGUUUACCAGUAAAACCGAAAAAGCUCCCCGGGAGAAUCAAGCUAAGUAUACUGCAUUUACCAUCUUGACCGAGGAUAUAGAAAGUGUUUACAUGGCCACUCAGCCGCUAGCCUCGUAUAAGAAGCCCGCGCCCAUGAAAAAAGAUGUCAGCAAGAGAGACAUGACCAAGUUUUGUAAAUUUCAUGGAUACUACGGCCACGACACCAAUGAAUGCAACAAUCUGAAGCGCGAAAUUGAAUUCUUGAUAAGGAAAAAUAACCCACAUGUACAGAAGUAUGUCAUGGCCGAUCAGAAUCAGAGGGGUGAUAAUAACCAAGACUUGCUACCUCCACCAGUAGAUGGACAUCUACAAGUCAUCAUUGGAGGCCCGCACAUAGCUGGAGAUUCGGGCAAAGCUCAGGAGAGUUAUGCCCGAACAGCACAAUACGAGCAAGAAGAAGUGAUCCUGGCCAUAGAAGAAAGGAAGCCCAAAAUCCCACGGGCAGGAGAUCCCACCAUAACAUUCAACAACGAAGAUGCUGUCAAAAUCAGGUUUCCGCACAACGACCGGUUGGUCGUAGAGGUCCAGAUAGCCAACAAGAUUGUGGCUAGAACCAUGAUAGAUAAUGGAUCCUCUUCCAACAUCUUAUUCCAGACUGCCUAUGAAAAGAUGGGGAUCCAGCUCAAAGAUCUAACCCCCUGCCUCAUGCCUGCAUAUGGUUUCUCCGGCCAAGGAGUCACACCUCUAGGGCAAAUUCGCCUACCCCUCACUGUUGGACAAGCUCCGAUGAGCAUAACUAUAAUGGCAUAA